UACAUAAAAUAAUUCAGUUGUCAAACCAUCUCUCAUGCUUACUUCUCACACCUCCCACCAUUAUAUAUAUAUAUAUAUUAGACUACAUACUCCAUACUACAAUAUAUCUCAAGGUCGCAAAAACAGAAACACACGUACAAUUUUCUUCUUCUCGUUUUUGUAUAGAAAAUAAAGAAGAAUAUAUAAUAAAUGUCUGGGGUAUGGGUUUUUAAAAAGGGGGUGGUGCGGCUAGUGGAGAACCCUGGAGGGGAGGGUGCGAGUAGUAAUAGUGGUAGUGGAAGGAGAAAGGUGUUGGUUUACACACCAAGCAAUGAAGUUAUCACAUCUUAUUCUAUGUUAGAACACAAGCUAUACUCUCUUGGUUGGGAACGCUACUAUGAUGACCCUGAUCAUCUGCUUCAGUUCCACAAACGCUCCACCGUGUACCUCAUUUCUCUUCCAAAGGAUUUCAACAAGCUCAAGCCUAUGCAUAUGUAUGACAUAGUCGUUAAGAACAAAAACUUUUUCCAUGUUAUGGACAUAUAGCUAAGCUCAUCUAAUUACAUACAUAUAUAUUAAUUAGUUCGUGUGCUUGGCGAGGAUUUGGUUUUCUUUUCUUUUUUCUUUUUUCUUUUUGUUAACUACUUGAUUAAUUCAAUCGAUUUGGUGUCUUAUAUAAUCACUCUACUAUCAAAAUUGGAUUUCUUUUACAAAUAUAUAUAUUUGUGUGCCAA